CAAUAACAACCACAGCAGCAGCAGCGGCGCUGUCCAUCGAAAAUCGAAUGGCGCAACACGGCGAGUCUCGCGACUACUACGAGCAGCAAGCGCCGCCGCAGGGCUAUACGCAGCAGCCGCCGAAAUAUGAUCAAAGCUAUGGCAUGCAGCAGCAGCAACAGCAGCAGAAUUGGGCGGCAUACGGUGGAGGAAACAAUAAUUACGGCGCGCCCAAUAAUGAUGUCUAUGAGGGAGGCAAGCCUUUUGAGCAGCAGUUCAAAGUCGAACGACCGAAAUGGAACGAUACUUGGGCGGGAAUUCUCCUCAUCUUGGUCUUUGGAGGAUUCGUUGCGAUUUCUGCAUAUACUCUGCGCGCAUAUGCCAGCCAUAGCAGCUUCACGAAUGGCGGCUUCUCCGGCUCUACCAACGACUUUUCUCUCAAUGGCGACACCCUGGUCCUGUUUGCAUUUGUCCUGGUGACGGCCUUGGUGCUUGGAUAUGGCUACGUCUCGCUGGCCCGCAUCUUUACCAAGCAGUUCAUCUGGGUGUCGGGUAUCCUGAACAUUGUCAUGAGCUUCGCCACAGCCAUCUACUACUUCUACCGAAGAUCGUGGGUGGGCGGCGCCCUCUGGUUACUGAUUGCCGUGUUCAGCGUCUUCUGUUUCAUCAGCUGGAUCAAACGAAUCCCCUUUUCCGUCCUCCUGUUCCAGACUGCCGUAGACGUGUCGCGCAAACAUGGGCAUGUCUACUUGGUGUCCUUUCUGGGAGGCAUCGCUGCAGCACUCUUCGCUGCGUGGUUCGCUGCGACCCUGGUGGCCAUCUAUGUUCGAUUUCAGCCCAGCGACAACAAUCCGGCUUGCAGCACCGGUGGAACCUGCAGUCGCGCCACGGUCAUCGGCCUGAUUGUCUACGUGACCUUCGCCGGAUACUGGAUCACAGAGUUCCUCAAGAAUGUGAUCCACACUACCAUCUCGGGCGUGUAUGGCAGUUGGUAUUUCGCGCCCAACAACCCAUCCAAGGGCGCCACUCGAGGAGCAGCGCGCAGAGCCUUGACGUACAGCUUUGGUUCCAUCGCUCUCGGCAGUCUUCUCGUCGCAAUUUUGGACUUUCUGCGCUUCGCUUGCUCGGCCGCGCGCAACCAGGCCGGAGGAUCGGGAAAUAUGGUCGCAGAUAUCUUCCUUUGCUUCCUGCAGUGUAUCCUCGGGCUGGUGCAAUGGGCUCUGGAGUUCAUCAACCGAUAUGCUUUCAGUUACAUCUCCCUGUAUGGCAAGGCAUACUUUGCUAGUGCCAAAGAAACCUGGCGCAUGAUCAAGGACCGUGGCAUCGACGCGUUGAUUAACGAAUGUCUGGUGGGUCCCGUCUUGUCGAUGGGCUGCUUGUUCGUUGGUGUCACCUGUGCAUUGGUCGCCUAUAUAUAUCUGGAUGUCACGGACCCUGCGUACAACUCGGGCGGCGCCUUCACCGCCGUCAUUGUGCUCUAUGCAUUUUUGAUCGGUCUCCAAGUCACCGGGUGCUUCGUGGUCCCGCUGAACAGUGGUAUCGAUACCAUCUUUGUCGCGGCUGCGUGGGAUCCACAAGUGUUGAUUCAACAGCAUGGAGAGCUGUAUCAGCGCAUGAUUGCAGUGUAUCCACACGUGCAGCAAGCAAUACACGCCUGAUUACCAUUUCCUCGGGGCACAGCACACAGCUGACAGCACCCUUGUAUAAUACCUACAUGUAUUUCAUCAUAAUUUCACCAUUUCCCUUCUCCACGCCUCCGUGGGAUAAUGUGUUUCGACCGACCGUACAUAAAAAGGCAUCCCUCCCUACCUCCUACAUACCUAUGUCAUAGGGGGAAAAAUAGGUGGUCGCAACAUAAAGUAUUAGGUUGCUGCGCCCGAGGCAGCGAGGGGCACGCAUUCACGGCAACGGGCAUCCUGGCUGGGCUACCCCUCUAUUGGCUUCCGAUCUAAUAGAUACCCGCAGCACGGGGAAGGGAAAAGACGGAGGGAAUUUCCAGGGUCGUCUUCUCCCGACGUCAUGCCGUGAACCACAAGAUCAAGUAGUGUGACG